CUGCUGCUUUGCUGCUCCUGCAAACCGAGGCUGCUCAGUCCCUGCUGCUGGUGCCCCGGCUCCCACUCUGCACAACGCGCUCGAGGGGGCAAAUCGGAGGGAGGAGCAGUGUCUGUGCAGGGGGCAAACUGACUGCACGGGCGGCGUGGGUGUCACACGGCUGGAGGCAGAGCCAGGAGAGGGGCCAAGGAGCAAAAUCAGGGCAGGGGGUAGGCAGCGGGGUUAAGAACAGGAUACAGGCACUGCCAGCCAGGGGGAGAGGGGAAACCCCGCAAUAGGGAGUGGCAAAGGGGAUAGAAGUGACCCCAGAUGGGGGAGCCAUCUGCAAUCUUUGCAAAAAUAGUGUGGGGGCAGAGGGGCUGCCCUCUCCCCUCCCUUCUGCAGCUCAGCACCCACUUUCUAGGGCUGAGUUCUUGAAGACAGGGGGCAGCCCAAUGUAUAGGCCAGGCAGAUCUUCCCUAAAUAACAUGGUGUAUUGAGCUGCCAAAGGAGACUUGGUUCAGGGACAUAUUUGACAUACAGCUCCUCCCCCUUCCCCCCCCCCCACCAAAAAAGGUAAUUGUCAGACAUGUUUUUAGGGUUUGAAAGAGUCCCUUAUCAGUUUCUGUGUCUGCAUAAAACCUCUUGGCAGUUCACAAAGUGCCCUAGCUGCUGUUCUCAUUGCCUGAAUUGCUCUGCCUUUUUCUUGUGAUCCAUGGAACGUAGUUGCAUUCUUUAAGUUGUUUUCUUUUUAAACUGUUCUUUUGCUCACUCUGAGCACUUCAUAACGUACCUGCAUUAACAUUCUGCAGGCGGAUGUCAUUGUGCAUCACUGUGCAAUAAUCACUGAAAAUAUUAAUUCGCUAGUGGCUUUAGCAAUCCGAUCUCAGUGUUUCUAGUAUAACAGUUCCCAUUUGCCUUGCAACAUUUUAAUUUUAAAAUUUCCUGGGGGGAGAUUUUCUAUUUUUUUAAUACAUAAGUUUAUUCUUUGGGAUCAUAUGUCUUCAAGGCUUUCUGAUUUCCUGGGUUGGUGUCAAAACUUCUUUCAUUUCUUUGAUCCGUCAAUGGAAACUGCCUUUGUCAACUGUUAUUUUGUCUUUCAAUCCAACACUCUAGUGCUUUUCUACACUUGUCUGUAGAAUUUGCUUGCCAAAUAUCAGGGCUGCCCAGAUUGGGGUGGGUGGGGCAAGUGGGGCAAUUUGCCCUGGGCCCUGCAGGGGCCCCGUUGAGAAUAUAGUAUUCUAUAGUAUUGCAACUUUUUUUUAUGGAAGGGGCCUCCGAAAUUGCUUUGCUCCAGGCCCCCUGAAUCCUCUGGGUGUCCCUGCCAAAUAUUCCCUAAAGGCCAUGUUUUUAAACCCUCCUCCAUCACAGUGUCCUAGAGCCUGGGCUACAUCCUAAGCCCAGACAUCAACACAGCAGUGAAACAACCCUGCAGCCUGAGCCCCAUGAGCCUGAUUUGGCUGACACAGUCCACCCAUGGGUGUCUAGUUGCAGUGUAGAGCUACAGAAAGGGGGUGUAAGCACAGCUCCCAGAAUUAGGGGAUAGCUGUUUUGGGGUGUGUGUGUGUUGGGAGCAUGGUCAGAACGUAUUGCACGACAGCUCUUCUGUCUCUUGGGGCCCAUAGGGGGCUGUGGAAAGCAAAGUGUAAGUUAGAGCCGCAUUAAGGCUGCUCUAACUUACACCAAGAGCCAAGUAGGACUUUGCAUAGACCCUGAAUAUAAGGAGUGUAAAAAUGAACCACACCCAGCUCCCUGAUGUGCCAUCUAGCAGGCCUGGCAUGGUGGGAAAACUGAAACUGAGGUCAACUAAAUAGCCAGUGAAAAUUAAUCUGAGCUUUCUGCAUACUCUGCCAAGAGCCACAAAGAGGGUGAGAUUUAAACAUCUAUUUAACUGUUGGCAGCGUGAUGCUGGAAACAGCGCAGGGGGCAGCAGGUCUGUGUGGGACGGGGUAACUUGGGGCUGACAUGAGGGGCCAGUCAGCAGGGGACGUAUGCCAGGGCUCAUGGGAGCUCUAACCCAGCCAAUAGGGCAGAUGGCAAGGGAGGCUGAGGAAGGGGAGCAAGUGACUGAACUUGUGAGAUUGUGCUGGGGCAGCAUGUACUGAGUGAGGGACCCUUGCUGUUUCAGCAGCCAGUGACUUUCAAGGCGGUGCCUGUGUAUUUUCCUGAGGCAGUGGGCUCUGCUGGACGUCAUGCAAGAGAAUUCUGAGACUGUGACCUUGCUGGUGUUCAGAUGUGAUGUGGAAGAGAAUUGGUCCCCUCCUUUCUCCUCUCAGCAGGUGAUGGGGCAGUGAGCAAGAAUGAGGAAGAGAAUCUGCAGCAGGAAGGUGCUGAGCAAGUGGAACCGCCCAGGAUGUUAUUGCAACAUCGUGAAGGGAACGUUUCCCAGAGCCCAGAGCAGGGGACUGACAGGUGGAAUCUGCGCCGGUCCCUUAGGCAGAAAGGAAAACAGCCUGUGGAGAGAGAGCUCAAAGAAACCAUCCACCAAGAAAUCCCCACUGGAGAGAAACCAAACACAUGUGGUGAGUGUGGGAAGAACUUCCGGUGGAGAUCAGCUCUUAUUGAUCACCAGAGAAUCCACACAGGAGAAAGGCCCUAUCAGUGUGACGAAUGUGGGAGAAGCUUCAGCAGGAGUUCGAACCUCGCUACCCAUCAGAGACUGCACACGGGAGAGAGACCCUACAAAUGCCCCGACUGCGGGAAAGGCUUUAAUCACAGCUCCAAUCUUUCUGCACAUCAGAGAACCCACACGGGAGACCUGCCUUACAAGUGUCCCGAUUGUGGGAAAAGCUACAGCGUGAGCUCCUACCUCCUGAGACAUCAGAAAAUCCACACGGGAGAGAGACCCUAUAAGUGUGAUGAGUGUGAAAAGAGUUUCGGCCAGAGCUCAACCCUUGUUAUCCACAAGAGAGUGCACACGGCAGAGAAGCCCUAUAAAUGCCUUGAGUGUUGGAAAUGUUUCAGGAACAGCUCUGACCUUAUUAGACACCAGAGAACCCACACGGGAGAAAGACCUUAUAAAUGCAGCAAGUGUGGGAAAAGUUUCAAUGAGAGCUCGCACCUCACCAGGCAUCAGAAAACCCACACAGGGGAGAGAUCUUAUAAAUGCCUCGAGUGCAAUAAAUGUUUCAAGAACAGCUCCAGGCUCGUUAGACACCAGAGAACCCACACAGGGGAGAAAUCCUAUAAAUGUCCUGACUGUGAGAAAAGCUUCAAUCGGAGCUCAAACCUCAUUGUCCAUCAGAGAUCCCACAUGGAGCAAAAGCCCUACAAGUGCCUGGACUGUGCUAAAACCUUCAGCUGCAGCUCACAGCUGAUCAGGCACCAGAGGAUCCACACAGGAGAGAAACCCUAUAAAUGCCCCGACUGCGGGAAAAGCUUCACCGUAAGCUCACAACUGACUUCCCACCAGAGACUCCACACUGGAGAGAAGCCCUAUGGAUGCCCCGAGUGCGGGAAAAGCUUCCGUCACAGCUCAGGACUUGUGUCACAUCAACGGAAACACAGGAAGGAGGGCUGCCCUGUGACUGUCCCUAUUGUGGUGACAGCCCAGACUUUAUUGCAUAUUACAGUGGUGCCCAUGCAAAGUAGCAGUGCCUAGAUCCCACGCAGGAGAGGCACACUAUACAUCUGUAGAAUGGGUUGAAACUUUCCCAUGAAAACUAUUUUUGAUGGAAAAUUGGGGGGGUUGAUUUGAUCCGUUUUUGUGAAAAAUGUCAAGUGUCUGCUUUCUGGGGGCGGGGGAAUUUGUGGGUUUUUGGGAGGGGGGGCAAAAAAACUGAAUGUCCCGAUCCUGAAAUAUUUUGCUUUGGAAAUGUUGCUACAUUGCCUCAUGGGAGUUAUAGUUCAGUUGCCUCCUCAUGUCCCUAUUCUCCCCUAUGAGCCAGGCUCUCAGCUGGAUUACAUCUCCCAUGAUGCACCACCUCUCUUCUCUAAGAGUAUGUCUGCACUGCAGCUGGUAGCAUGCUUCCCAACUUGGGCAGACAGCACGUGCUAGCUCUGCUCAAGUUAGUAUGGUGAAAAUUGCAGAGUGAGCUAGGGCGGCAGCUUGAGCCAGCCACCUGAAUACGAACCCGUCCAGACUACCCCGGCUGUGCUGCUAUUUUAGUGCACUAGCUUGAGCAGAGCUAGCAUGUGUCUGUCUACCCACUCUGGGAUGCUCCCUCCCAGCUGUUGGGUAGAUAUACCCCAAGAGGGAAAAGUGUGGUGCAUCAUGGAACAUAUAGGUGAACCUGGCCUAUAGAGAACAAUUCAGGCAUGAGAUAUCCACGCUAUAACUCGCAUGAGGCACUGUGAUGAUAUUUCCCAUUCAAAAUAUUUCUGGUUUUGGCCAAGCUAGAGAUGAGUCGAAUAUGAGUCAACAGUGUAACACCGUUGCGAAAAAAAGCAAAUAUCAUUCUGGGAUGUAUUAGAAAGAGUGUUGUAAGCAAGACACAAGAAGUAAUUCUUCUGCUCUACUCCAUGCUGAUUAGGCCU